AUGGCCACAACAAGUCUGCUGUGUACCUCCCAGCCCCCAGGCAGGCGUACAAUCGACGCUUCAAUCGGCUGUCGCAUAUUUGUCCAACAACUAAAUGCUGCUGGCCCUUACAAUCAGGAUACCCACGAUGCUAUAGCUAAUAUCGAAUCUGCCUUGCGAGUACUUCAGUUGUACUAUGAUGAACACAGCAAGACAGGUCGUUGGAAGACGGACAUUACGGACAACACAGACAACACGGACAACGCAAGCAUUGUAGCGAUUGUGGAGGGCGUUUUGGCAGAAUUUGAAAAGAUAGGUUUCGACAAGAAAUCCUUGUCGCCAUUUAACAAAAGGACGUUCAUUAAGGAUGCCCGCGAAUCAGCAACGGGGCUAAAAGAGCUAAAGGUUCAAAUUUUCGGGCUCGUUAAGAAGAUCACAGGUUUUUCCGGACUGAGCAAAGACGGUGGACUUCCAAUGCCGACCUUGACAUAUAAGCGUCAUAUAACGCCGGAUGGAGUGCGGCUCCUUAGUAUUGACGGAGGCGGAGUACGUGGUCUUGUGAGCCUCCUGGUGCUUGGUCGCAUCAUGGACUGCAUAAGAAACCAAGAGCUUGAAGAAAGUCCAACAGCCAGUAAUGAUGAUAGAGCUCCAGCUGACUAUUUUGAUUUGGCUGGCGGAACAAGCACGGGCGGGUAUAAAUCCCUAGUGCACGACGAAGAUCAAUUACUGAAUCCUCUUCAGACUUAUUUGCAUUAUGCUGUUCCGGUUGUCCUAGGCCGCCCCUGGUACAAAGGCCAACCAUUAGAGAAGGCUGUGAACGACCUAGUGGGGGACAAGUUUCCAGGUCAAUCUGCUGAAUCUGCUACACUUCUUGAUCCCAAUGGUGCAAGAUGUUGCAAAUCUUUCGUGUGUACCUUUCGGAAACAAGACAUGGAGACUAUAAGGCUCCGUACGUACGAACCGGCAGAUCCUCGGAUUCUAUUUUUUUACCCUCAAUGCACCAUAUCACAAGCUGCGCGGGCUACAUCGGCCGCCCCCUUCUACUUUCCGGAAGCCAGGAUUGGUCACAAUAAGUUCUGGGACGGUGGCCUUACAAACAAUAAUCCGAUUGACGAAGUUUACGACGAAAAGCAUCUCUUGUUUCCAGACCGAGGAUUGAAUUGCGUGGUAAGCCUAGGAACGGGUAAAUGUGCGAAGAUGAUGAGAAGCAAGAAUAUUCUUGCACGCCAUCCGGCCGUUUCAAAAGGAGGCCGAAUUUUGGCCAAUGUGACAAAUGUCGAAGCCAAGCAUCGUCGUUUCGAGCAAAGGAUGGUCAUAGACCAUGUCCAGUAUUUCCGAUUUGACCCUAGCACUAUGGGUGACGAUAUUAACCUGGCAGAUGUCAAACAGCUCGUCAAGCUGGAGAAUUAUGCUACCACAUACCUUGACACACCACCUAUCUCGGCUCUUAUACAAUGGUGCGCCCAGCUCCUGCGCUACAGGGGUUAG